GCCAAUCGGCGCAGGGGGGCCGGAGCUCGGUGUGUGCGGGUCAGCUCGGUGUGUCCGGUCACCUCCGCGCCGCGAAGAUGGCCCAGAGGCUGGCGCUCCAGCGGCUGCUGGCGCUCCCCACGCGGGGCCCCCUGCCAUCCCACGGCAGGGCCUUUGGCACCUCAGCCGGCCGCAGGAACACUUUCAACGUGCAGGAUGGCAGCGACUUCCAGGACCGGGUGGUGAACAGCCCCAAGCCCGUUGUGGUGGACUUCCAUGCGCAGUGGUGUGGUCCCUGCAAGAUCCUGGGCCCCAGGUUAGAGAAGCUGGUGGCCAAGCAGGAGGGGAAGGUGCUGAUGGCCAAGGUGGACAUUGACGAUCACACAGACCUCGCCAUCGAGUACGAGGUGUCAGCAGUGCCAACUGUGCUGGCUAUGAAGAACGGAGACGUUGUGGAUAAAUUUGUGGGCAUAAAGGACGAGGAUCAGCUGGAGGCGUUCCUCAAGAAACUCAUUGGAGCCUGAAGUAAAAGGGUGGCUGUACCCCUGCCUCUGGA